AUGAGCACGAUCAGGCACAACUUACCUAUGGGAGCCAUCUGGUCCACUCUGCUAAAAUGGGAAUGUAGUAGCAGCUGUGGGGACACAGAAAGACAUCCCUCCAGGAGCAAUCAGGGUGGUGGCACCGGCGAACUAAGCCCUGGAACUUGCAGGCAGGGAGCUGGUCCUCCCUGGAACUUGCCAGCAGAGCAUGGUCAAGAAAGUAAUGGACACUUGAUUUCUGUGAUCAAAGUCCUUGGUACCGUGCAACAAGGGGGUUAUCCUAAAGUUUUAAAAAAUGUCCAUCUUGAAUCUCUUGUAGGAGAAUGGAAGUUCCUAAAAGGACAAGAGACACUUGCUAAAGUAGCUACAUGUUUUGCAGAGAAGAACUUACCCAUGUUUGAGCAAGUAAGUGCUGGGCUCCAGGUGCAUGACAUCAGAAGCACUAAUGUGCUCUUCAGGGCAGUUACUGGAGACCAUGAGAAUCUUCUGAGAUGGGGUAUUUAUUUCCCACUCCAAGAUGGCAAGGGCAGAUUCUAUGGUGGAGUAGAAGCUAGUGUAGAGAAUAGGGAAGUUAUGCGCUGGGAAGAAUGCAGGAAUGGACUUCUAGAAACUGGCCCUGAAGAUAAAGCGGUUCAUGGGUGUGGAGGGUUCUCUGACGCCAUUUACAAGUAUGGAAGAGGCUGGCAGAGUGUGUGGAAAAGGCCAGGGCUGUGA